CGCCCCUUCCUGUCCUUGCCUGGUUUGAGCUGUCGCGAGAGUUCGUCGGCCGAACGCCGGAAGUGCCCUGUAGCUCCGUAACGGCCGAAGGGGCGGGCUCGAGGGCUGAAGGAGCCUACCGUACUAACGGCUGUCUCGGCGGUGCAAGAUGGCGGACAUCUCCCUGGACGAGCUCAUCCGGAAGCGCGGGGCUGCGACGAAGGGGCGGCUCAAUGCCAGACCUGGAGUUGGAGGUAUCCGAUCUCGUGUCGGGAUCCAGCAGAGCCUUCUCAGCCAGCCUGCUCGCACGGCCACCUUCCAGCAGAGGUUUGAUGCCCGGCAGAAGAUUGGCCUCUCAGAUGCCCGGCUCAAGUUGGGAGUCAAGGAUGCUCGAGAAAAGCUUUUGCAGAAAGAUGCCCGGUUCCGGAUCAAAGGAAAAGUGCAGGAUGCCAGAGAGAUGCUGAACUCCCGCAAGCAGCAGAGCGCAGCGCCCCAGAAGCCCCGCCAGGUGACUGACGCCCGGGAAAAGAUCAGCUUGAAGCGGAAUUCACCUGCAGCCGUCAUGAGCCCAGCCAUCGGGACAGUGACUCCUGCUCUGAAGCUCACUAAAACCAUACAGAAGACCACGGCCCCACUGCAUUCUCAUCCUGCAGGAAUGAAGAUCAAUGUCAUCAAUAACCACCAAGCCAAACAGAAUUUAUAUGACCUAGAUGAAGACGAUGAUAUAGCUCCCAUUCCUAAUAAACAGAUGAAAUUUACAGCCUCAGGCGGCUUUCUCCACCACGUGGCCGGCCUGAGCAGUUCUAAACUUUCCAUGUCCAAGGCCCUCCCUCUCACCAAGGUGGUUCAGAAUGAUGCAUACACAGCGCCUGUCGUCCCCUCCUCUGUUCGAACAAAAGCCUUGACCAGCAUGUCGCGGACACUAGUGAACAAGGAGGAGCCCCCUAAAGAGCUGCCACCUGCUGAGCCUGUUCUGAGCCCUUUGGAAGGCACCAAGAUGACCGUGAAUAAUCUGCACCCUCGAGUCACAGAGGAGGACAUUGUUGAGCUUUUCUGUGUGUGCGGAGCCCUCAAGCGGGCUCGGCUGAUCCAUCCUGGGGUAGCAGAGGUGGUCUUUGUGAAGAAGGAUGAUGCCAUCACUGCAUAUAAAAAGUAUAACAACCGGUGUCUGGAUGGUAAGUCAGGGAGAAAGCAGCCACCUCUCAUUCCCAGUGCUCACGAUCAGGCAGUGGGCCUUUGGAGCAAGCCUCCCUCUGUGGUGGGUGGGACACCCAUCCUUCUGGAGCCUUCAGUGCACCAAGAGCAGGCAGGGUUGUGCAGUGUCCUGGUAGUGCUAAGGUGCCUGCUGACAGGGCCUUGGGUUCUCACCCAGCCCUAGCGCUUAAGUCUAGCAGCAGAGAAACACCAUUUCUGCAUGGAUGGCUCUCUCAGCACGUCUUGCCAUGGAAGCCAAGAGCCAUAGCCUACCCUACAGACGUUGGUCCGCUUGCCACAAAGAUCCCUCAGAGGCCUGAAGCCUUGUCUAAAUAUUGGCACCUAGGUGCGCUCUGCUCCUAGUGAGUGAACUGCUGAUGUUACUGAAUUCAGAUUCCCAUUAUCCAUCUCAGGAUAGCCUAUGGAGAGAAAGUGUGUCUACCAUGCCCUUUCUGUGCACCGAUGUGUUCUUUCACACUUGUGGGUCAUAGCCCUCUGCUGCCAGCGGUGAUACGGAGACUAACUGAACAGUCAGUGGGGUUUUGAUUGGCGUUUUCCUGAUGCCUCAUGCUGGAGUUCUUUUCAUGUGCUUGUUAUGAGCCUUUUGUGUGUCUUGGAGAAGUGACUAUUCAGACUGUCCACUGUUUAAUUGAGUUUAAGAGAAUUCUUUAUACAUUCUUAUUAUGACUGUUACCAGAUACCUGAUUUGCCAGUAUUUUGUCCAUUCUGUAGGUUGUCUUUUUACUCCUCUUUAAAUCUGUGCAUUUACAGUUAUGUAUUUCCUUCCAACCACUGCUUAGCUGCAUCCCCAAAGUUCUGGUAUGUUGAAUCUAUUUUCAUUCAUCUCAAAGGAUUUUCUGAUUUCCCUUGUGAUUUCCUCUUUGCCCUAUUGGCUACUUAUU